AAAUAAUCGGCUGGCCAGUCUUAUAAUCAGAGGAAUCCUUACAAGUUGAAAAAAAUAUGUAAUUAAAUUUCUUUCUGAGAUUAGUUAUAUCCAGUAAAAAUGAAUUUAACAUGCUUGUGGUUGAUUUUGCUAAUGCAAAUCAUAUUAUUCGAAAAUGGACAAGGUUUUCGAAGAAACAAAAUAUUUCGUCGGAGAAAUAGUAUUCGCACAACCAAAGCGAUAAUGAAAAACCAAGGUAAGGUACAAGAUGCAUGUUCUGAUGAUAUUGGAGUAAUUGCUGCUGAAGUUGCGCCAAACUUUAAAAAAAUUGGUCCACGUCGCAUCAAAAAUCAGAGGACUAGAGAAGAGUCUAGAGAAGAACCAUCAUCUUUUCUCGGAAUGAAGAAAUUAAAAAAGAAAUUUGCUAAACUGAAACUUUGCAUUAUAACUUCUAAAGAAAAUUGCAAAGAAAUUGAAAGUAAUAAACCUGUGAAAAAUCCGGUGAAAAAUCCGAAAAAUCAAGAAGUGCUGAACAAGAGUAACAAACCACCACAGGAGAAACCGUCAGGAAAAAUCUCGUGUGACGAAAUAUAUUCUAAAUUCUUAAGGACAGAAUCUUCUUAUGGUUCGACCCCACCAGCGGGACUACUUGCUGUAAGAAAAACUCGAGGACGAUUAGAUUAUGUUGCAUUUGAGGCUACGAGUGCCGACGUACAAGUUAGGGAUAUAACGAAAAAAAGAAGAAAUCGUGGAUCCGCAAUUUCUGAUAAGGUUACUAAGUAUCUGAAACCUAAUAUGGCGCCGAAGGAUGAUCGUGGCCAUAUUAAGCCUGCAUCUCUAUUAAAACAAAACAAUGAACUUAAUGACCAGCCCGAUAAUUUUUUUGCACAAGACAAAAGCAUAAAUACUGCGUGGGGAUCGAGAGAAAAAGACAUAGCCGAUUUUUUAGAAAUGAAUCCUGGUUCAAAAGUAAAAAUGGAAUAUUAUUUUGAGUAGUUGCCACAAAACAAGAUCCGGGAGAAUUAUGAAAAUCGUCCAGACAUAAUUAACAUUAAAGUCACGUUUGAGGUUCCAAAACCAGGAGGUGGUGAUUCAAAAAUGUCUGUGGGCUACAUCUCUAUGAAAAAUGGAGAGCAUAGUAAAAACAAACCUGAGAAUAUCUGCAACUACUCGGUUGUCAAACGUCACCAUCCAUCUUCAGCAGCAGUAACCGAACCAAGUGGAAAAAUUCUUAAACGAUGCAAAUAAAAUGCAAAGUUAUAUUUGCUUUCUUGGCACUUGCACCAAUAAUACGUAUGUUCAUAUCAUAAAUUAGAGUUAUUUAAAUUGCAUCCAUUUAUUUAAUUAUCUUUGUAUAAAUUGGCAAAGUUUUAUGACCCGUAUUUGCGUCGUUUCUUUACGAUCUUGUUUUUAUUAUAGUGUGAUCCUACUUACAUACAUAUACCUAUAUUUAUCUCUGCAAUCAAAUUUUGAUAUCGCAUAAAGUGCGGAAUGUAUCAAAAGGAUUGCAUAAAUUAGUGAGUCAUAACGCAAAAUAAUAAAAGUUAUUCCACUCGAAUGGUUAA